AGCCAUCGGAGCAAACACUCGCCACCAACCACCAGCAGGGAGAAGCCAGACAGGAGAUUUAGAACAAGGAACACUACCAAAUGGAUCACAAGUGGAUAGCGAAGACGUGCCUGGUGCUGCUGCUCUUGAGAGUGGCACGAACAGAGGCCAAGCCCCAAGGAAAGAGUCGCCUGCCAUCCUUCCUUACGGUUUGUCAUCGAGAUUCGCCAACGCUGAAUGAGUGCGCGAGGAAGUCGUUCAAGUCCAUUGAGCCCCGACUGAUGAACGGCAUACCGGAGAUGUAUAUACCGCGAAUGGAGCCGCUGGUGGUGCCCGAGGUGAAGAUGGACCAGGAUUCGGGGGCAAUCUAUCUGCAUUCUGUGUACAAGAACGUCAAGAUCUCGGGCAUUUCCAAUCACACGCUGAACGACCUGCGGAUCGAGCCCAGCAAACUGAAGUUCAUCUUCUCGAUGACAUUCCCAGAGCUGCUCAUGGAGGCGGAGUACAGCAUUAAGGGCAAAAUCAUGAUGAUGCCGCUGCUGGGUGAUGGCCACUGCAAGGUGAGUCUGACGAACAUCACCAUGCAGACGGAGCUGUUCGGCCAGGAGUAUCAGAAGAAUGGGGCCACCCACUUGAAGAUCAUCAACGUGAAGGUGGAUUAUGAACUGUCCAACGUACACAUGCAGUUGGACAAUCUCUUCAAUGGGGACGAGGCUCUGGGCAAGCGCAUGAACGACUUCCUCAACGAAAACUGGAAGUCGCUGGCCGAGGAGGUGCGCCCGCUGAUGACCAAGGCGCUGGUGGAUAUCCUGCGCGCCUCUGUCGAUAAGAUGUUCGCGGAAUACAGCUACGACGAGCUGAUGCCCAAGAAGAGCACCAAAAAAUGAUUUUAUAUAUCGUAUAUCCUAGCUAAUGAUUUAAUCGUAGUGCAAAAGUAACCUAGCGAUAACAGACACACAGUUAGAGGCGAAAUAAAUUAUCAUAAAAAUA